AGAUUAGGUUAGGUCAGUUUAAAUACCCCGUUAGCGUGAGUUGCGUGGGUAUUCUUUAACAAUAGUUUUUUUUUAAUAAAAAUCUUGUGAUAUUUGUUAAUUAAGUUAAUCAGUUUUAUUUGCAAAAAUGAGUCAAGAUUCAGAAGGUUGUUUUGUGACGUGUACAGCAAGAUUAGAAUGGUUAAAUGUUGAAGGAUGUAUAACAAGAAAAGUUGAUUACAAAACGGCAACAACACGUUUGAUUAGGAAUAAUUUACGAGAAAUGUUUAUAGAAGUUCGAUCACAAAAAACAAAUACAACUUUAAAAUUAUUAUUAAAAGGUAUUUCGGUUUUCAACAGAUUUAUGUCUGAGGGAAAGGCUUCAAUUAAAUUUCAAGAGGAAAAGUGUACCUUGUAUUUAUCAAAUGCACCAGUUGCUCAACUAGUGAAUUUUUUAAAAACUCUAUUUGUAAAAAUGACAGGACAAUCGGAGGAGAAGACAAAACUUUCUGCAAAGGAAAAAAUGUUGUCAAAUGUAAUGGGAGGAGUAACAGAUAUUAGUCCAUCCACUGUUUUUGAAUUAAAUAAAGCAAAAGAAAAAGCUGGUGCUAUUUCACGUGCAACAGUAACUACACCAUCGCCUAAAUCUGUAUUAAAACGAAAGUCAAUCAGUGAAAAUGCCCUCAGAAUUCCUAAAGCAAAAAAAUUAAAUAUGGCUAAUCCUAAUACAGAAAUGACUGAAGAACAAAAAAAUGUUCUCAAUGCAAUUUUAGCGGGGAAAAAUGUAUUUUUCACUGGCAGUGCUGGUACAGGAAAAUCGUAUUUAUUAAAAAAAAUUAUUGGUGCUCUACCUCCAAAUGUUACUAUGGCUACUGCAAGUACAGGUGUUGCAGCUUGUCAUAUAGGUGGAAUUACUCUUCAUCAGUUUUCCGGUAUUGGAAUUGGUACAGCGAGUAUUGAAAAUUGUUGCAAAAUAGCUGCAAAAUCAGCAGCAAGUACAUUAUGGAGAAAAACAAAACAUUUAAUUAUCGAUGAAAUUUCAAUGAUUGACGCGGAUUAUUUUGAAAAAAUUGAAGCUGUCGCACGUUAUAUACGUCGUAAUGAUAAACCAUUUGGUGGUAUACAAAUUAUUUUGUGCGGUGAUUUUUUUCAAUUACCACCAGUAUCAAAAAAAGAAGAGAAGGCAAAAUUUUGUUUUCAAAGUAAAAAAUGGUCUGAAUGUGUUCAAGCAAAUUUUGAAUUAAAAAUUGUUCAUCGACAAAAAGAUUCUGUGUUUGUCAAUAUUUUAAAUAGUAUUCGAAUAGGACGUAUCACCGAUGAAAUAACAACAAAAUUAAAAUCAACAACAACACAACAAAUUGAAACCAAUGGUAUUUUAGCAACAAGAUUAUGUACACAUAUAAAUGAAGCAAACGAACUCAAUAAAUCACAAUUGGAAAAACUUUCCGGUGAAGAAAAAGUUUAUAUCGCCGAAGAUUCUGACAAUAUGAUGACAAAAACAUUAGAUCAACAAUUACCAGUUCCAAGUAAACUUGUAUUAAAAAUUGGUGCACAAGUUAUGCUUUUGAAAAAUAUUAACGUUAGCAGUGGACUUGUUAAUGGUGCAAGAGGAGUUGUUGUUAAAUUUCUCGAUAGUUUACCAGUAAUUCAAUUUCGAUCAGGUGGAUUGUAUCAAGCUAAAAUGGAAACAUGGGGAAUAAAAACAGCAAGCGGCGGUAAUGUACAAAGAAAACAAAUUCCAUGUAAACUCGCAUGGGCAUUUUCAAUUCACAAGAGUCAAGGUUUAACAUUGGAUUGUGUUGAAAUGAGUCUCACGAGAGUUUUUGAUGCUGGUCAAGCUUAUGUUGCAUUAUCAAGAGCACAAAGUUUAGAAACACUUCGUGUAUUAAAUUUUGAACCAAAACAAGUGUGGGCAAAUCCAAUUGUACUUGAAUUUUAUAAAAAUUUCCGUCGACGAAUUCACGAUAUGCAAUUAAUUCGUUUGGGAAGAAAAGCCAAAUCUAUAUGCUAAUUUUAAUAUAGACAAUUUCAUUUUUAAAAAAAUUAUGUGUACAAGACUGAAAUCAAAAAGUGUAAUCCAGUGGUAGUAUAAUUUUUUGUAAUAAUAAAUUCAAAAUAAUUUUUA